AUGGUGGACCCUGUGGGGUUUGUGGAGGCUUGGAAAGCACAAUUUGCAGACUCUGAGCCUCCUAAAAUGGAGCUGAAAUCUGUGGGAGACAUUGAACAGGAACUGGAGAUGUGCAAAGCAUCUAUCCGGAGGCUGGAGAUGGAGGUCAACAAGGAGAGGUUUCGCAUGAUUUACCUGCAGACUCUUCUGGCAAAGGAGAAAAAAAGCUAUGAUAGACAGAGAUGGGGUUUUAAACGUGUUUCUCAGUUGCCUGAAGGGGGUGCAGAGCAGCAGAUCCAGGACCUGCAUCAUCACCAGUCUGCUGACCAAGAGGAAUAUGAAAAAAGCAAGUCACACCAUGGGGAGGAAAAGUUCAAACCCAGGAUACCCUCUCUGCGGAAGCUGUCUACACAGAGCGAUGGCUCGGACCUGUCACCUGUGGACAGCCCCCAUCAUGGGGAAGGAGAGCAGGACAGGUGUAAGUACUAUGGGGAAGAGAAACUGAAGAGAGUUGCAGAAGAUAUGGAGAAUCGCUGUGAUACAGAUGGCUCUCCUUCAAAACACAGGUCAGCUUCCACUCGCAGGCUGGUGGGAUCUGCUGAGAAGGAGGGAUCAUUUGAACCCAAGGAGAGAGGGAACAGCACGAGUGUGGCAGCCCUAAGGUCCAAUUUUGAGAGAAUGAAAAAGGUUAAUUCGCAUUCUUCUGGAGAUAACAAGGAUGUUGUUGAAAAGCCCUUUUAUGUGAACAUGGAGUAUCAUCAUGAGAAGGGUCUAGUAAAGGUCAACGAUAAAGAUGUUUCUGAUAAAAUAAGCUCCCUUGGCAGCCAAGCCAUGCAAAUGGAACGCAAAAAGUCUUUGCACUCCCUCCCUUCUAACGUGGUACCCAGCUUCAGCGAGUUCCAGAGGCCUGCUUACAGGGGAAGGUGCUCGGAGAGCAGCUUUGGCUAUGAUGGAGAAUAUGAGGAUGCUGAACUGAACACCAAGUUUCUCAAAGAUAACCUGAUUAAUGCCAAUGGCAGCAACCGCUCGCCUUGGCAGCCCAUGGACUUUCAGCCGUAUCAGAGUAUCUAUGUUGGUGGAAUGAUGGGGGAAGGAGAAGGAAAAGGACCUAUUCUGCGGAAUCAGGGCACAACUGACCAGGAAAAACAUCUCACGUGGCCCAGGAGAUCUUAUUCCCCCAGGAGUUUUGAAGAUAUAGGAGGAGGAUAUACUCCUGACUGUAGCUCUAAUGAGAACCUUACCUCCAGUGAGGAAGACUUCUCCUCAGGACAGUCCAGCCAUGUGUCCCCCAGCCCCACUACUUACCGCAUGUAUCGGGACAAGAGCCGUUCUCCCUCCCAGAACUCUCAGCAGUCCUUUGACAGCAGCAGCCCACCAACCCCCCAGUCUCAGAAACGGCACAGGCAGCAGCAGGUCAUUGUGUCUGAGGCUACUAUUGUGGGUGUACGAAAAACAGGACAGAUCUGGCCAAGCGAUGGAGAUUUGCCCUCUGGGAGAUGUCACCAGGACAGCUGUUUCCAUGGGGAUACAGAUGCUUCGUUCAGUGGCACACCGCCCGGCUACGCGUACGAUGCAGACCGCGCUGAAGAGCAGAGGAGACAUCAUGACAUGAUGCCCUAUAUUGAUGACUCACCAUCAUCCUCACCCCACCUCAGUUCCAAGAGUCGGGGCAGCCGAGACACAUUAUCUUCAGGGUCUCUGGAAUCUACAAAAUCAAGUGAGCCAGACCUGGAGAAAGGCCUGGAGAUGAGAAAAUGGGUCCUGUCAGGAAUCCUAGCCAGUGAGGAAACCUACCUGAGCCACCUGGAGGCCCUGCUGCUGCCUAUGAAGCCUUUGAAAGCAGCUGCCACCACCUCUCAGCCUGUGCUGACUAGUCAGCAGAUUGAGACAAUAUUCUUCAAAGUGCCUGAGCUCUAUGAGAUCCAUAAAGAAUUCUAUGAUGGGCUGUUUCCCCGAGUGCAGCAGUGGAGCCACCAGCAACGAGUUGGGGACCUCUUCCAAAAGUUGGCCAGCCAGCUGGGAGUGUACCGGGCCUUUGUGGAUAACUAUGAAGUUGCUAUGGAGACAGCAGAGAAAUGCUGCCAAGCCAAUGCUCAGUUUGCUGAAAUCUCUGAGAAUCUAAAGGCUAGAAGCACAAAGGAAUCUAAAGAUCAGACGACGAAAAAUUCCUUGGAAACUCUACUGUACAAGCCCGUGGAUCGAGUGACUCGCAGCACACUUGUCUUGCAUGAUUUGCUCAAGCACACUCCAGUGAGCCACCCUGAUCAUCCACUCCUGCAGGAUGCUCUGCGGAUCUCACAGAACUUCCUCUCUAGCAUCAAUGAGGAGAUCACUCCUCGUCGACAGUCCAUGACUGUAAAGAAAGGGGAGCACCGGCAGCUGCUGAAGGACAGUUUCAUGGUGGAGCUGGUGGAGGGAGCUCGCAAGCUACGUCAUGUCUUUCUUUUUACUGAUCUGUUCCUGUGUGCCAAGCUCAAGAAGCAGAUUGGAGGAAAAAGCCAGCAAUAUGACUGCAAAUGGUACAUCCCACUCACUGACCUCAGCUUCCAAAUGGUGGAUGAGUCUGAGGCAGUGCCCAAUAUCCCACUGGUACCUGAUGAGGAACUGGAUGCCAUGAAGAUCAAGAUAUCCCAGAUCAAGAAUGACAUUCAGCGGGAAAAGAGGGCCAAUAAAGGAAGCAAGGUCAUUGAGAGGUUAAAAAAGAAGCUUUCUGAGCAGGAAUCCCUCCUACUGCUGAUGUCUCCCAACAUGGCUUUCCGGGUACACAAUCGCAACGGCAAGAGUUACACAUUCCUCAUUUCAUCGGACUAUGAAAGGGCAGAGUGGAGGGAGAAUAUCCGGGAGCAACAGAAGAAAUGCUUUAAAAGCUUCUCACUCACAUCAGUGGAGCUCCAGAUGCUGACAAACUCCUGUGUGAAGCUUCAGACAGUUCACAACAUUCCCCUCACUAUCAAUAAGGAAGAUGAUGAAUCCCCAGGUCUCUAUGGAUUCCUGAAUGUCAUUGUCCACUCUGCCACAGGUUUCAAGCAAAGCUCAAAUUUGUACUGCACAUUAGAGGUGGAUUCUUUUGGGUAUUUCGUGAACAAGGCCAAAACUAGAGUUUACAGAGACACCACAGAGCCCAAUUGGAAUGAGGAGUUUGAGAUUGAGCUGGAGGGCUCACAGACACUGCGGAUUCUGUGCUAUGAGAAGUGCUACAACAAAACCAAACUCACCAAAGAGGAUGGAGAGAGCACAGAUCGCAUAAUGGGGAAAGGGCAGAUCCAGCUGGACCCGCAGGUGCUGCAGGACAAAGACUGGCAGCGCACAGUCAUCUCAAUGAAUGGGGUUGAAGUGAAGCUGUCGGUGAAGUUCACCAGUCGGGAGUUUAGCCUGAAGAGGAUGCCAUCCCGGAAACAGACUGGGGUGUUUGGGGUCAAGAUUGCUAUUGUUACCAAGAGGGAGAGGUCGAAGGUGCCUUACAUCGUGCGGCAGUGUGUGGAGGAGAUCGAGCGGCGCGGGAUGGAGGAGGUGGGAAUCUACCGCGUCUCUGGCGUUGCGACCGACAUCCAAGCAUUGAAAGCUGCCUUUGAUGUCAACAACAAAGACGUGUCGGUGAUGAUGAGCGAGAUGGAUGUCAACGCCAUCGCAGGGACCCUCAAGCUGUACUUCCGGGAGCUGCCGGAGCCUCUCUUCACUGACGAGCUCUACCCCAACUUUGCUGAAGGCAUCGCACUUUCAGAUCCAGUUGCAAAGGAAAGCUGUAUGUUGAAUCUGUUGCUGUCACUUCCAGAACCCAACCUUGUGACAUUCCUUUUCCUUUUGGACCAUUUAAAAAGGGUUGCUGAGAGGGAAAGUGUUAACAAGAUGUCCCUGCACAAUCUUGCCACUGUCUUUGGACCAACACUGCUCAGACCUUCGGAGAAGGACAGUAAAAUCCCUGCCAACCCAACCCAGCCCAUCACAAUGACUGACAGCUGGUCUCUAGAAGUCAUGUCCCAGGUUCAAGUUCUUCUGUACUUCCUGCAGCUAGAGACUAUCCCUACCCCGGACAGCAAGAGGCAAAGCAUUCUCUUUUCCACGGAGGUGUAG